AUGGACUCUCUUGGAAAACUGAAAGCAAACAGCUUGUUCACCAAGAUGCUCGGCCUGAAGUCAUUUGACUCCACCUCCCAUACCUUCCCAUCCUGCAAACCCAAGCCCCCAGCUUCCACCUCCUACAUCCUUCCAUACUUCAGACCCAAGCCCAGCUCAGCCUUUGACAUCAAGGCCCACUAUGCCAUGGUGCGCUCCAAUCAGUUGGACUGCUCCAUGAAGGGUUUGAAGGACCACAAGAGUAGGAACCUCCUCUGCCCGGUGCUGCAGAGCAAGCGUGUGGAUUCUGCCGUCAAGAAGAACAAAAAAACAGGGCGGGACAGCAUAUUAGACAAUGAGACCUACAUGGCCUGCAUCACAGCCUUCUUGUCCCUGGCCAAGAGUGAAUACACCAUGGUGUCCAAAGUCUUCCCUCUGAACUGCUCCAAUACCUUUGAAACUCUCAUCCAGGUGGCUCUGAACCAGCUGAUCCAGAAUGGGGAGAACAUUGUGUCCUCUGUCAGACGAGCCUGUUCACGUCACGACUACACAGCCCUCGUCACCAUGUUACCUGUCCUGGGCCGUCUCCUGGAGGAGGACAAAGAGUUUAACACAUUACUAAAGUGCACAACAAGCGGCACCUUGGCCAAGCUUUCCAAACUCGUUACAUCUAUGAAGACCCUGGCAGCCAGAGCACUGAAGGAUUUUUCUGCUCACGUCAAGAGCAACCCUGAUAGGGAGAGUAUGUCCAAGGAUGGAACGGUUCAUGAAUUCAACAGCAAUACAAUUCUAUUCCUGCAGCAGUUGCUGUCCUUUGCAGAUGUUGUUCGGUCCAUCCUUUAUCCUCAUGAUGUAGACAGUGACACAGUAACUAUGGAGGUGUCCAGUAGUGUUCAGGUGGACGUUCAACAUGACACUGGUAAGGUGCUGGAGCAUCUCCAGUACAACCUACAGAGUAAGGCCAAGGUGUACGAGGACCACGCUCUCGGGGCCAUCUUCCUCCUCAACAACUACAACUACAUCCUCAAGUCAAUGAAGAAUUGGUUGAAGGUGACCGAGUGCCUGACUGAAAAGAAUCUGCCCACCUUUAAGCCAGGUGACAAGUUGAAAGAAAAAGACUGUCAGGUGAUUAAAGACAAGUUCAAGAGCUUCAACGAGGGCCUGGAGGAACUGUAUAAGGCUCAGAAGGCGUGGGCCAUCCCAGACAGAGAGCAGCGCCAGGCCAUCUGUCAGGCCCAGAGAGAGAUGGUGUCCAAGGCCUACACAGCCUUUCUGCUGAGGGGAGUCAUGGCAUAUCACAUAGCUUAUUACUGGAGACUGCUGCUGAAUUCAGAAUCAACCCCUAUUCCAUAGCCCCUAUUCCCUCGCCCUUACUCCCUAUACCCUAUUCCCUAGCCCGUAUUCCCUAUCCCAUACUCCCUAGCCCUUACUCACUAGCCCCUAUUCUCAAGCCCCUACUCCCUAGCCCUUACUCCAUAUUCACUAGACCCUAUUUACCAGCCCCUACCACUCAUGUAGAUCUGAGCGGAUUGGAUGGAUAAAAGCAUUAUGGUAAUACCUUCAUCUUGCCUUCUGAUUGGCCUAGUGAAAAUGUUGUCGUAUUGCUUCUACCUAUCCAAUCCUCUUAGAUCUGCUAGGGAAUAGGGGGUCCAUUUGGAAUUCAGCACACAGGUGGUUGAAUAACUGAUGCUUUUCAAAUACUGUAGGUGAAACAUGUAUGUUUGGUCUCUAUGUACAAGACAUUUUUUUUAUUCAGCACUGUUCAAUAGUGAUGUGCAGUAAGAAUGUCAUACAGAACGCUGGUACAGGGAUAUUCCUUUAUUAUGGUCCUUUACCUGUACUUUACACAGAUGUGACCAUGCUGAUUUCUCCAAACACCCUGAGAGGUACCACAAAUACAGCCCAGCGCAGGUGGAGGAGAUGAUCGUGAAACUAUUUGAUAUCUCAUCCUGAGGUUGAGAACCUGCUUAGAUAGGAGAUAAUAUAAGGCCUUCACACUGCCUCUAUAGGAAAUAACACACUGUUGAUUUGUUUCCACACUACUAAUACUACAGCUACAGUCCCCAUUACAUGUAUUCAUUAGAGUUCUAAGGUUCUAUUCUGGGGGAUUAUAGCACUUCAGUCCCCAUUACAUGUAUUCAUUAGAGUUCUAAGGUUCUAUUCUGGGGGAUUAUAAUGCUACAGUCCCCAUUACAUGUAUUCAUUAGAGUUCUAAGGUUCUAUUCUGGGGGAUUAUAGCACUUCAGUCCCCAUUACAUGUAUUCAUUAGAGUUCUAAGGUUCUAUUCUGGGGGAUUAUAAUGCUUCAGUCCCCAUUACAUGUAUUCAUUAGAGUUCUAGGGCUCUAUUCUGGGGGAUUAUAAUGCUUCAGUCCCCAUUACAUGUAUUCAUUAGAGUUCUAGGGCUCUAUUCUGGGGGAUUAUAGCACUACAGUCCCUGUUACAUUUAUUCAUUAGAGUCCUAAUUGCUAAAUGUAUUAUUCCACAUGACUGGCUAGUUCUAAACAUGUUUAAAUAAAUAUUGUUAAAGCUCUACUUAAGAAUAAACACAUUUAUUUAUUUUACCCAGAAACUCAAAACAACUAGCUUUUUGUUAGUGCUCGCAAAAUUUCUGAAGACCCAAAUACACCAAUAUUUAUUGAAAUAUGGUUGUUAAAAGCGAAUAAAGAAUUUAUGACCAGAAAUCUAAUUGGUUGAUCUGACAUUCAGAACCAAAGGAGAAAUAUAAAAUGACAACUGCGUAAACAAUGAGGACAGUGAGAUAGAUACAGAAACAGAUCAAGUCCACUUUGUUGGCAAAGCAAAGGUGUAUAGCUUUUUUCUGGUCUUGUGCAGCCAUUUUGUUGAGAAAUUUCACCACCUUCUGGAGGGCUGUAUUCUCUUCCUCUGAGGCUUUAAUAUCAGACUUGGAUUCUAGACAAAAGUAAAUGAGAGAAAAAAGGAUAAACUAUUAUUAAUAUAACAUGAUUAAAUAAAGAUGUAAAAUGACAUCGUUUUCAGUGACAGAUUAAAGAUCAAAUGGCGUAGCUGGCCAGACCAGCGUACACGCAAGACAAAUGAUGGUAACAAGAAAAUAUGCUGGGAAAGACAUCAACUGCAUGCUCUAACUGCAGCUAAGGGUAAGAAUGAAAAGGUUGUGCAUCAAUAAAAUACAACGAAUAGUUUAUGGUGAUGAAAGUAAUUUAUGGGGUACCAAGUAAAACUGGUUGCAAUAACAUCAUUAUGACAUCAUGGUCAGGUUAUAACUGAUUGUAUAAUGAUGUUUUGUUAAUGUCUUUUGCAACCAUAAAAAUAUAUCUUGCUCUGUGGGUAACUGAGAUGAGGGAAGAAUGAAAAAGUUUACCCUCUGUGUCUUUAAGCAGCGAAUCUUUGGACUUGGAGAGGCUGCAGGGCCGGAGAGUGCCACACUUAGCCAGACGUGUGAGCACCAUAGACUGCAACGUGCUCAUCACCAGGAUGACCAAACAGAAACAGAAGUGCUUUCCUAUGGAGAACAACGAGAGAGAGAGAUGUGUGAAUGUUAUAUGGUGGCAGAGAGGUACUGUAUACAUGAAACCGACAUCAGUACGCUGCUAACAGUAUAGCUUCCUUUACUGUCCCUGUAACAUACCGGGCUGGAAAUAGUGAAACUCUGCUCGCAACGGAUCAAUAGGAUCACUGUUGCUGUUCAGGAUCAUUGCUCCCAAACACAUGUGACCGUUUUCCUUGACAACAUACCACACAAUUGAGUUACAGAAAAAUAUCAAAUUUGAUAGCUCCCGUGGCGACAUUUCAAGCUAGCUGUGAAAUAAGCUUAUGGAACGUUCUUAACUCUGUUACAUAAACACCCGUUACAACAAAAUGCUGUUUCAUUCUGGUGCAUUACACACAGGACACUCACGGAUGAUGGGGCUGCACUGGCCUCCUCCAGGCAGUAGGUCGUUGAGGAUGAUGAGGAACAUGAUGAAGCUGAGAACCAGUGUAACCUUGAAUGAGAUACGCUCGCCCCCUCCCAGCGGCAGGGCGAAGCUCACCACAUCUGCCACAAUGAUCAGUAUACUGGGCAGGACCAGGGACAUAAAUGGGUUUUCGGACCGCAUUUUCAGUGACACCUGUGAAGACAGAUGGGUAGGCAAGAGAGAAAUAAUUUGUUUGAGUACUUGCAUCUAAACGUAUAGCAUUUGUUUAAAGUUGAAAGGGAAGAGCAUUACAUUCCAAAAUCAGACAGAUGUUUUCAGAACUCAAAAGAAGCCGUAUGUCAAUGA